UCCUGUGGGAUCGGCGCCCCUCCCCGCCGGGGAUGGUGUCUGCCGGCGGGCGCUGAGCCGGGCGCCAUGGGGAGUGCGCCAUAGACACCCCCCAGCGCCCCACGUCUGCCGUGGUGGCCGCGGUGCUGAGCACCUGGGGGCGGAGCCCACCUUGGUCUCACCUGAGCACUCCUGGAUGGAAUUGCGGUGAAUGGAACAGAAGCCCAGCACCCUGGACUGCCUGUCGGAGCCAGAGGAAACCCGGUGGCUGGAUGGGAAACGCAAAAGAAAGAGCAGCCAAUGUUCGGUGAAGAGCAGCAUGUCAGGGUACAUCCCUAGUUACCUGGACAAAGAUGAACAAUGUGUCGUGUGCGGUGACAAGGCGACCGGCUACCACUACCGCUGCAUCACCUGCGAGGGCUGCAAGGGUUUUUUCCGACGCACCAUCCAGAAGAACUUGCACCCGACCUACUCCUGCAAGUACGAUGGCAGCUGUGUCAUCGACAAGAUCACCCGCAACCAGUGCCAGCUGUGCCGCUUCAAGAAGUGCAUCGCCGUGGGCAUGGCCAUGGACUUGGUGCUGGAUGACUCCAAGCGGGUAGCCAAGCGGAAGCUGAUCGAGGAGAACCGGGAGCGGCGGCGCAAGGAGGAGAUGAUCAAGACCCUGCAGCACCGCCCGGAGCCCAGUGCCGAGGAGUGGGAGCUGAUCCACGUGGUGACGGAGGCGCAUCGCAGCACCAACGCCCAGGGCAGCCACUGGAAACAGAAGCGGAAAUUCCUGCCCGAGGACAUCGGCCAAUCUCCCAUGGCCUCCAUGCCCGACGGGGACAAGGUCGACCUGGAGGCGUUCAGCGAGUUUACAAAAAUCAUUACCCCGGCCAUCACCCGCGUGGUGGACUUUGCCAAAAAACUGCCCAUGUUUUCAGAGCUGCCUUGCGAGGACCAGAUCAUCCUGCUGAAGGGCUGCUGCAUGGAGAUCAUGUCGCUGCGGGCGGCCGUGCGCUACGACCCUGAGAGCGAGACGCUGACACUGAGCGGUGAGAUGGCCGUCAAGCGGGAGCAGCUGAAGAAUGGCGGGCUGGGCGUGGUGUCUGAUGCCAUCUUCGACCUGGGCAAGUCGCUCUCCGCCUUCAACCUGGACGACACGGAGGUGGCGCUGCUCCAGGCCGUGCUGCUCAUGUCCUCAGACCGCACCGGGCUGCUGCGGGUGGAGAAGAUCGAGAAGUGCCAGGAGACCUACCUGCUGGCGUUCGAACACUACAUCAACUAUCGCAAACACAACAUUCCCCACUUCUGGCCCAAGCUGCUGAUGAAGGUGACCGACCUGCGCAUGAUCGGCGCCUGCCACGCCAGCCGCUUCCUGCACAUGAAGGUGGAGUGCCCCACCGAGCUGUUCCCACCCCUCUUCCUCGAGGUCUUUGAGGAUCAGGAAGUCUAGGGCGGGGGGAGGGGAGGGGGCAAGGGGCGGGGCCAGGACUCGGACGAGAGCCCAGCCCCUCCUGGACACGUUUUACUUGGUUCUUUUUCGUUUUGGUUUGUUUUUCUAAAUAUUGCGCGUGGGUGUCACCCGGCAGCGCCGACACCACCACCACCACCCCCGCGGAGGGGGUGGGACCA